UGAUAUUUACAGUAGUUGUAAACAAAGCAGCGCGGGCGUACGAGGAGACGAACAGCUGACUGAAAGACUGAACUGCUGAAUAUCUUUCGAUCGUGGUCAUGUAUCUGAAGACUGAGAGAAAAGCCGUGGUCGGCGAGCCUUCUUAUUAAAUAUCUGAAAAUGUCGGAGCGACUUCUGCCAGCUGUUGCUAAAGUGGUCAUUUGUGGUGCUGGUGUGAUAGGCAACUCAAUUGCCUACAACCUUGUGAAACGUGGAUGGACAGACAUUGUUGUUCUUGAAAAAGGCCGUAUUGGGUGUGGUGCAACAUGGCGUAGUAGCGGCUUGGUAGGCCAGCUCCACCCAACAAUUGAUGGAAUCCUUGCACGCUCCAGUGCCAAGCUCUAUCAGGAGUUGCACGAUGCAGGACAUGACAUUGGUUGGCGACGAUGUGGCUCACUUAGUGUUGCAAGGACAGAAAAGCGGAUGACAUCACUCCUCAGACUUGCUGCUGAGGCACGGGCAAGAGGAAUCGAAUGCAUAGUUCAGCAGCCAUCCACGCUUUUGGAGCACCACCCAUAUCUUUUGACCAAAGACCUUGUGGGUGGGGUCUUUGUUCCUGGAGAUGGCAUUGUUGAUCCUGUGGCUUUAUGCCAAACGAUGGCUGACUUAGCCCAACAAAGAGGAGCAACAUACAUUGAGGACUGCCAUGUGAACCGUGUUGUCGGCGACCAGGGGAUUGUGGUUCAAGCUGAAACAGAACUGGGAAGCAUCAGCUGCGAGUAUUUCAUCCUUGCUGGUGGCAUGUGGUCUAGAGAGCUUGGGCAAAGAAGUCACCCCAAAUUUAUGGUUCCAAUUCAUGCUGCCAAGCAUUCAUUUGCAAUCACUAGAGCUUUGGACCAACCAAGUGAUUUCCUUCCAAUUGUGUGGGACUAUGAUGGUCGUGUCUACUGUAGAACCUUUGGGGAUGGCUUCUUGCUUGGUGGAUUUGAGGAGACAGCCAAGCCCGUCUUCCAUUACGAUGUCCCUGAUCGUUUCGAAUUUGUGCGCCUACCACCAGACUAUGUUCAAUUUCAGAGCAUCUACAGCCAGUUCCAGCACCGCUUUCCAAGACUUCAGCACUUAGAGCUUGCUGAGUUGGUGACUGCACCAGAGACUUUUACACCUGAUAAUCAGUGUAUAUUAGGGGAAACCUCAGAGGUGGAACGUCUCUUUCUGGCUGUUGGCACUAAUGGUGCUCAGACACAGAUGGCUGGUGGCAUUGGCCGAGCAUUAGCCCUUUGGCUGUGUGAUGGUGCGCCUAGGGCAUACCUAUUGCCUUGCGACUGUCGUCGCUUCCUGGACCUGCACAACAAUGCGAAGUUUCUACGUGAGCGUGUCCAAGAGGCAGUUGGAAGAACAUAUUUGGCUCCUCACCCACUUCAGGCUGAAUUUCGAACAGGACGUCGCCUUCGUUGUUCACCAUUGCUGCCACUUCAGGAACAGCAGGGUGCUGUGCUUGGUGAAAGAAUGGGUUUUGAACGAGCAUUGUUUUUUGAUCCUCAGAACAUUCUCGGAGAGAACCACACCAGUCCAGAGCCCACGUAUGGGAAGCCUGCAUGGUUGGAGCAUGUGCAUCGGGAGUAUGUGGCCUGCCGAGAGAGAGUGGGCCUAAGUGACAUGUCAUCAUUUACCAAAUUUUACCUUGAGUCCGGUGGAUCGGAGGUCGUGGACUUCCUGCAGCUGCUCUGCUCAAAUGAUGUUGAUGUUCCAGUUGGGCACAUUGUGCAGACAGGCAUGCAGAAUGAUCAUGGUGGCUAUGAAAAUGAUUGCAUCCUGGUGCGCAUGGAUGUAAAUCGUUAUUUCAUGGUUUCACCAACAGCACAGCAAACCCGCAUUGCCAAAUGGGUUCGGCGGCAUCUGCCGCGGGAUGGUUCAGUGUCACUGAGAGAUGUUACGUCUCUUUACACAGUGUUAUACAUUCUGGGGCCCAAAUCCAGGGCCCUUUUAGAAGAAGUGACUGACCAAGAAAUUCAAGUAGAGCCAUUUACAUGCCAAGAAAUGGAUUUUGCAUAUUCGACCAAUGUGCUGCUCUUGGGUUAUAACAACACCUUAGAACCUGGCUACUCAAUGUACAUUCCCUCAGAGUAUGCUCAGAACGUCUACAGCAGGUUAAAAAAGGCUGGUCGUGACUAUGGAAUAUUGGAUGUUGGUUAUUAUGCACUGAGGAUGUUGAGGAUUGAAAAGUUUAUUCCAUUUUGGGCUGAAGAACUCGAUAGCAGUGUCACACCCUUGGAGGCUAAUCGGAGUGCCCGUGUUAAACUUCAGAAAGAGCCACCAUUUAUUGGCCAAGAGGCAUUACAGCAGCAGGCGGUGGAGGGCCUGCGUCGGCAACUGGCCUUCUUCCAGCUGACUGGCCAUGACUCUGAACGAGACCCUUGGGCUUGGGGCCAGGAGCCCAUUUUUCGAGAUGGCCGCUUCAUGGGGCUCACCACAUCUGGCAGCUAUGCUUUCGCUCUGGGGCGCAAUGUCUGCCAGGGCUUUGUUCAUUGGUUCAACCCGAGCAGCAAGCAGCUUGAACUAUUGCCAGACAACCUUUUCUCCGAAGGAAGUUUUGAGGUGGAGCUUGCUGGUCGCAGGUUUCCAGUUCAAGCAUCUGUCACACCACCUGAGCUCUCUGUUGCACCAAUGGGUGGCAUACGUGACCAUUACAAACCUCAAGCCAGAACUCUGCCUUGACCUGUUAAAAUGAGCGGCUUACAAAAGCAAGGGCCUGCAUGCUUAGAAUUUUGUUUGUGGUUUUGCAAUAUCAUAGAAGCAUGUCUUCUGCUUUACAGCAGCAAGAAUGUUGUAGUGCUCUGUGCUGUCGUGUUCACUGUGCAUAUUAGGAGUCUUGCCUGAAAUCAGCAUGAUGUCAUUCUAUUUCUAAAGCGCACCCAUUGCUGUGUUGACUUUGCCCUGUCGAUUUUUUUCCUUGCCUUUAAUAUAAGAAGAACAUGUGCAUCAUUGGAAGUGACAGUGUUGUUCUUAUUACCAAUACUCUUAGGUUAUCAAAACUUUUAUGGCAAGGAGAUAAAUAUUGCCAAUAAUAGACAUAAACAAGGUUUUAUGUUAGUUCUUAUAAAUGCUUGACGAUGAACUUUCCUUCAUAAGUGAGCUCCCAUUGUUUACUCCUUUAUUGCAUAAGUAAAGCUCCAGCACUUGUCCCUACAGGUGUUCAAAUGACGAAAAUCUUAAAUUUGACAAGUCAAAUAUAACUAUCUAAGUAAAAUUACUAUCGAAUGUAAAAUCAAAUAUUGAACAUUACCCAUUUCUAUAUAUAUAUAUAUAUAUAUCAUGUCAUAAGAAGCCAACAAACAAUGACACCAAGGACAACAUAGGGGAAAUUACUUGUACUUACUAAUUGAAUUAAAAAAAUGAUAAAUUAAUGGAAAUGAAAAUGGAUGAAAUAACAACUGUCCGCAGGUGGGGAACGAACCCACGUCUUCGCAUUACGCGUGCGAUACUCUCACCAUUGAGCUAACACGGAGCCGUUCUCCCAUCCACUUUCUGGGGUAUUUAUAUUUUUACAACUCGAACUAACCCUAGAGUGUUAGCCAGCGCCACCCAUUCACAAACCUAGGGGCGGAUGUGGAACAUCCUUUCUGCCGCAGGCGUCACGAGCACGUGAUCUUUUUGGGUGAUGGCAACUGUUCAUUAAACCCACAUAUGCUACCUGAAGGCAUCAUUGUUGCCGGAUUCGAGCCCUCGUUAUGUAAUGAACGAGAAGAAAGAGAACCGAGGGGCCCGAUAUUUAUUAAUCAUAUCAUAAGAAGCCAACAAACAAUGACACCACGGACAACAUAGGGGAAAUUACUUGUACUUACUAUUUGAAUUAAAGAAACGAUAAAUUAAUGAAAAUGAAAAUGGAUGAAAAAAACAACUGGCCGCAGGUGGGGAACGAACCCACGUCUUCGCAAUACCCGUGCGAUGCUCUCACCAUUGAGCUACCGCGGUGCCGUUCUCCCAUCCACUUUCUGGGGUAUUUAUGUCUUACAACUAGAACUAACCCUGGGAGUGUUAGCCAGCGCCACACUCACAAACCUAAGCGGCGAA